CUUUCAUGCGGGUGCUAGCUUGAAAUGGGAAAAGGUUUUUCUGAUGUGAUAUAACGGGAUAUAUAACUCUUUUCUUGUACCUUUGGCGAGCGGUCGCGCUCGAAGACGAAUUGAUACAAUAUGUCCAGAUCGCGCUCAAAGCUUUUUGAUGCGGACAACCCUGGCGAAUUACGCGUUACUUUGAAUGUCGGAGGACAGAAACACGAAACAUACGUUAGUACUUUAGCGAGUGUUCCUGAUACACGUUUAGCAUGGAUUGCAGAGAGAUCGAUGAAGGAUCCACGACCUUUAGCGCAAAGACGGGAAUUCUUUUUUGAUAGAAACCCUUCCAUUUUUACGCACGUUUUAAAUUACUACAGAACCGGGAAACUCCAUUGCCCGCGUGAUGUAUGUGGACCUUUAUUUGAAGAAGAGCUUGCUUUUUGGGGAAUCGAUGAGAAACAAAUUGAGACGUGUUGCUGGGCUAAAUAUGACGAGCAUAGAGAUGCGGAGGAGAAAUUACAAGGAUUUACUAAAAUCAAAGUUGGUGAAGAUUAUAGCGACGAAGAAGAUGAUGAUGACAUGGGAGAACGUGAAAUAACAAGCAGUGGAGAAUUUUACCAAAACAGCCGCACUCUUGCGACGAGAUCCAGAACGUCAUUAAAAUCCCUGAAGAAAAAAAUAUGGAAGACACUGGACGACCCCUAUUCUUCUAAACUGGCUAGGGUCCUCGGCUUCGUGUCGCUCAUCUUCAGUGUUGCAGUCGUCGCUGUUUUCUGUCUGCUUACCCUGGACGUUUUCCGUGACGAGUUGAGCAUCCAGUAUCGCGUGCUUUUUGUCAUCGAAGCCGUGUCCGUCACGUGGUUCACUCUAGAUCUGGUUCUGCGCUUCUUGAGUUGCCCUAUUAAAUGCGACUUCCUCAAAUGCCUUCACAACUGGGUGGAUCUGAUCGCCAUUAUCCCGUUCUAUCUGGUGCUAAUUUUUCCGCACAAUCGGACGAUACGGAACUUCAAUGUGUUUUACGUACUGCGCUUGACGCGCACUUUCAGACCUCUCAAGUUCUCGUAUGUAAUGCAAGUGUUUACACAAACCUUAAAGGCGAGUUCGCGUGAGCUCUAUUUCUUGAUCUUCAUACUCGGGAUAUUAGUUAUAACAUACGGUAGCGUCGCUUACUUCGCCGAACGCGACGAGGAGGACACACUUUUCACUAGCAUUCCAGCCUCGUUUUGGUGGGCUGUCGUUACAAUGACAACUGUUGGUUACGGUGACAUGCGACCACGAACAUUGGCGGGAAAACUUGUGGGCAGCGUUUGUGCCAUAAGCGGCGUUCUUAUGAUCGCGUUGCCUGUCUCUGUGGUUGCAAGUAAUUUUUCGUUGUAUAAUUCCUAUGCCAAGGUAAAGUUAAAGCUGCCUGCUCGUAACAAGAAAAACGUGGUGGACACAGCUCUAAAGGCUUUGCAACUAAGCAGCACGCCCCACCAGAGUAUAAGCAUACCGCAAAUGAUGUCCCCAGAGGGGGAGGGGUAUGCUGGGCGGAGAGUUAGGUAUACUUCCCUUGUGUCGAAUAACGUGGAACUUACGGGUAUCGGAGGAGGCAUUAAAAACAAGACUCCUGAAGAUGAGUCCCCGCCCCCUAGUAUCAUUCCUAAUCACGUGCAUGAAAACGAGGUGAGGCGCCCACGAGGACGGCGGUCAGCGCACUUUGCAUUGAAUUUGAUAACCGCUGCUCCUCCUGAUAUACCGGAAGCAGAAAGUGACAAUGAGAGUGAACCGGAAGAGAAUGGCGUAAAGAAAAAGUUGGUGGAGGCAGUGAAUGGACUGGAUUCGGAAACAGCCACGUGACCAUGCUGUUAGGCAGAUACAGCCACGUGACCAUGAUGAAGGGCAGAUACAGCCAUGUUAUCAUAAUAAAGGGAAGAGACAGCCAUGUGGCCAUGAUGAAGGGCAGAUACAGUCACGUGGCCAUGAGGAAGGGCAGUGACAGCCACGUGACCGUAAUGAAGGGCAGAUACAGCCACGUGACCAUGAUGAAGGGCAGAUACAGCCACGUGACAAUAAUGAAGGGCAGAUACAGCCGCGUGACCAUGAUGAAGGGCAGAUUCAGCCACGUAAUCAUGAUAAAAAACAGAGACAAUCAUACAGCCACGUGACCAUAAUGAAGGGCAGAUACAGCCAAGUGACCAUGAUGAAGGACAGAUACAGCCACGUGACCAUGAUGAAGGGCAGAUACAGCCACUUGAUCAUAAAACGGGGCAAAUACAGCCACGUGACCAUGAGGAAGGGCAGAGACAGCCACGAGACCAUGAUGAAGGGCAGAUACAGCCACGUGAUCAUAAUAAAGGGCAGAUACAGCCACGUGACCAUGAGUAAGGGCAGAGAAAGCCACGUGACCAUGCUGUAAGGCAGAUACAGCCACGUGACAAUGCGGAAGGGCAGAGACAGCCACGUGACCAUGAGGAAGGCAGAGACAGCUACGUAACCAUGCUGUAAGGCAGAUACAGCCACGUGAUCAUAAUAAAGGGCAGAUACAGCCACGUGGCCAUGAUGAAUGAUGCCAAUAAUGAAGGGCAGAAACAGCGUCCUGACCAUGAGGAAGGGCAGAUACAGCCACGUGAUCAUGAGGAAGGGCAGAGACAACUACUUAACCAUGAGAAAGGGUAGAUACAGCCACGUGACCAUGAUAAAUGAUGCCAAUGAUGAAGGGCCGAAACCGCCACGUGACCACGAGGAAGGGCAGAAACAGCCACGUGACCAUGAGGAAGGGCAGAUAUAGCCACGUGACCAUGAUGAAGAACAAAGACAACCACUUAACCAUGAGGAAAGGUAGAUAUAGCCACGUGACCAUGAUGAAGGACAGAUACAGCAACGUGACCAUGAUGAAGGAUCUGUCCACUUUCCAAAACGAGUGGAAAAAUGCCGAAAGUAAAGAAAAUUAGAGUGAUAAAGCCCCGACGGUGACUAAACCAGCAUUCAUAUCAAGAAAAUUGAGCCAAAAAUUGUCGUUCUUGCCAAACGCGGUCUCUUCCAUAUAAGGAAACUAAUACAUUCCUUAUUUGGAGAAUCUGCAUAAUUCUUUUAAUUUUUAAGGUGAGCGUACCCCAGGGGCUUCGUAAACUUUAUGACUUGUAACCAGAAGAGAAAAACAGUUACUGUGACCAUCUUUAGUUUGUUGAGAAGGUCCCUGAAAAGUUUCCUCGGUACCAGACCACCAAAACGACAACGUUUUCUUCAUAUGAACAAGAUAAAGCUUGAAUUGUUAUUGUAUUUCUAAGAUUAAAUCAAAGCCCAAAAUAAAUAGCCAUAGUAGAUAUCCAGCUUGAAGCCUGAAGAGAUAUAAGCCGCUGAAUUGUAUAACAGUUAAAAAUGAGAUAGAAACUAUACAUAGAAACUUAAGACUAAAACGACUGAGAACAUUUUUGAUACGGAGAACGCUAUUACAGUAAAAACCCGCGUGUAAGAACCUAGAUUUUGUCUGGCAAAAGGGGUUCUUAUAUUUUGGGGUACUUACUAACAAUUAAGGCAAAAUAGUUUGUUAUUAGGUUCUUAAUUUUUUUUCCAAGCUGUUAAACAAAAGUAGGAUUUAUAAUCACAGAACUGUGACUGAAUAUAUUGCCACUUUGCUAUAGAGAUAUCCUGAGCUGUAUAAAUGUUAAAUCUGUAAUAUUUCGGUAAUGUAACUUUAUGGAAGGGCAAAAUCUUUAGCAAAUUUAUAAGCCCCAAAUUUGUUUCAUUUUUCGUGGAGAAACCCGCCAUCAUAUAAGAACCUUUUGAACCUUUGUUGGCUUAGUAGGUUCCUAUAAUUUUGGGUAUUAAAAUCCAAAAUUUCUGCCUAUUGUUUUUACAUCACUGAGUUCGCGGGUUUUUACUGUAUCAAUUAUUUAUUAAAGUCUUUAUGAUUGCUCUUGGAA